GAGCAAUAGGAGGCAGUGUGACAGAUUCUACACGGUUCCAAUUCACGUGACCCAAACAGCCAAAGGGUAGUGUGUGUGCACCGGCAACGACUGACAGCGAUGUAAACAAUUCCCUUUACUCACACUUCUGCCAGUCAUGGAUUGACUACCAUACAGCCAACAUGGCUUCGUCCUCCAGCUUCGCCCCUCCAAAACUGGAUGACUUCAUCCUAACAGAGCGAUUGGGGAGCGGAACGUAUGCCACAGUCUAUAAAGCCUACAGAAAGGGCGAUAGCCGAGAAGUGGUGGCCGUGAAGGUGGUCGCCAAGAAGACGCUGAACAAGGCGUCCACAGAGAACUUGCUCACGGAGAUUGAGAUCCUCAAGACUGUACGUCACCCUCAUAUCGUCCAGUUGAAAGAUUUUGUGUGGGAUUCUGAGAACAUCUAUCUGAUCCUGGAAUGGUGUUCCGGUGGAGAUCUGUCCCGUUUCAUCCGCAGUCGUCGGAUCUUGCCAGAGAGAGUUGCCCGGCGUUUUCUGCAACAGAUAGCAUGCGCUCUCCAGUUCUUACAUGACCGAAAUAUCUCCCAUUUGGAUUUGAAACCACAGAACAUUUUGCUGUGUGGCUCAGUCCUCAAAUUAGCAGACUUUGGCUUCGCCCAGUACAUGUCACCAUGGGACGAAAAGAGCGUGCUGAGAGGUUCUCCUUUGUACAUGGCUCCCGAAAUGGUGUGCCGGCGCCAGUAUGACUCCAGAGUGGAUCUCUGGUCGGUGGGAGUCAUUCUUUAUGAGGCACUGUUUGGACGGGCCCCUUUUGCAUCAAGGUCAUAUUCAGAAUUGGAAGAGAAGAUUCGAAGUAACCAGCCCAUUGAGCUCCCUCCCGGGGCCAGGGUCUCCAAGCACUGCCGGGACCUCCUCCUGUGUCUCCUGGAAAGGAAUCCCGAAGCCCGAAUCACCUUUGCCGAGUUCUUCACGCACCCCUUUGUGGACAUGGAGCACAUGCCAAGUGCCGAGAGCUUGGGGAAGGCGAAAGAACUGGUCUUACAGGCCGUCCAGAAGGACCAAGAUGGCGAGAGGUCCCUUGCGCUCUCUCUCUACUGCAGUGCUCUGGAGCACUUUGUCCCUGCUAUUUACUAUGAGACUGACCGGCAGCGAAAAGAGGUCCUCAGGCAAAAAGUCCGUCAGUACGCGUCUCGAGCGGAAGAGCUGAAGGCCCUGGUCGCCUCGGACAACAAGCGUAUCUUUGAGGAGGCGCGCACCUCCACGGACGUCCUCCGAGAAAUGUCUCGUGAGCAACCACGCUUGCUGGCGGCGCUGGACAUGGCCUCGGUCGCCAUCGCUAAGGAGCAAAGCGGAGUGGACGACAAUGAGGCCUUGGAUGAAUACCAGAAUUGCUUAGGAGAACUCCUGUUGGCCCUUGCAGCUGAGCCGCAGGGCCGCCGACGAGAACUGCUCCACAGCGAGAUUAAAAGCCUCAUGAGCAGAGCAGAGUACCUCAAGAAGAACAUCAAGAUGCAGGAGACUCAGAGGGAUGUCUCGCUGGAUCGGGAGCCCCUAGCAGACUCCGUCAGAAGCUCGUGCUGUGUGCAGUGAACCCUGAGGACCACGGCGGUAAACCCAACCGGCUUGGAACUUGGACAGCCAAAAGCUUCCCCGCAAUGAAACUGUGUGCUCCAAGCCAAAUCAAACUUGCAUACCCACGUCACCUUUCACACUUUUUGGCUUGGCCUUUGCGGAAUCAGUCAAUGUUUUGGUUGUUGCUGAAGGUGAGCUCGCAGGUAGAGAGAGACACGCUGGUUCAAUGCAAAGUACUG